AUGCCUUCACCUUUUGUGAGACCGGCGACUCUUCGCCCAGCUGCUCAGCUGUCGCUGCUGCAGCCGAGGCCCACGUCGUCGCUCUGGGAGACGCGAGCCCAGCUCUCACGACGAGUACGACAAAACACCACCGCAACGACACGCCUCAUGUCCUCCAAGCCUCGUGCAUGGGACAGGGAGGGCCUUCCUCUCGAGGGAAUCACCGUCGUCAGUCUGGAGCAGGCCAUUUCCGCGCCCUUCUGCACGCGUCAGCUCGCCGAGAUGGGCGCCCGUGUCAUCAAGGUUGAGAGGCGGGGUGAGGGAGAUUUCGCCCGCGGCUACGACAGGCGCGUGCGAGGCCAGUCGUCACACUUUGUCUGGACCAACCGCAGCAAGGAGUCGCUGGAGCUCGACGUCAAGAACCCCAAAGACCGCCGCGUCCUCGGCGAGCUGAUUGAGCGCGCCGACGUGCUGGUGCAGAACCUGGCCCCCGGUGCGGCGUCGCGCCUGGGGCUGUCUUACAACAAGCUCAAGAGGGAGAAUCCAGGGCUGAUUGUGUGCAACAUCUCGGGCUACGGGUCUGACGGCCCUUACCGCGACAAGAAGGCCUACGAUCUGCUCGUCCAGAGCGAGGCCGGUCUCCUGUCGGUGACGGGCAGCGAGAGCGAGCCCGCCAAGGUGGGCAUCUCGGUGGCGGACAUUGCCGCGGGCACGUCGGCACUGCAGAACAUCCUGGCGGCGCUGAUGAGGCGCGGACGCACCGGAAAGGGCUCGCACAUUGACGUGUCGAUGCUCGAGGCCAUGGCUGAGUGGAUGUCGUACCCCAUGUACUACGCCUUUGAUGGUGCCGAGCCCCCGACGCGCGAGGGGGCCUCGCACGCUUCCAUCUACCCUUACGGACCGUUUGACACCAAGACGACCCCGGUCAUGAUCGGCAUCCAGAACGAGCGCGAGUGGGUGGCCCUGUGCACCGAAGUGCUGGGCGACCCCGCCCUGGCGUACGACGGCCGCUUCGCCGACAACACGCUCCGUUCCCAGAACCGCGUCGAGCUGCGCGACAUCAUCCACGGCGCCUUUUCCAAGCUCUCGGCUGAGGAGGUUCUGGCUAAGCUCGACGCCUCGGAGAUUGCCAACGCCAAGGUCAACAGCAUGCAAGACCUCUGGGACCACCCCCAGCUCGAGGCCAGGGGGCGGUGGACAGAGGUCGACACGCCUCAGGGCAAGAUCCCCGCCCUCAAGCCCGCGGGCAUCACGGACGAUUCGCUCUACCGCAUGGGACCUGUUCCCAGCCAGUACCGUGCGUUUCUUGACACGACCCGAGAGAGCGCCCCCAAGAGGGGGAGGGGGGUUAACGAGACUAACGAAUGGCGAUGGCGUCACACUGACCCGAGGCUCUUUGCAUUCAUCGAUCGAUCCAACAUCGGCAACGCCAAGAUUGACGGACUGACAGAGGACCUGGGCAUAGCAGAAGGAAGCAAGUUCAACGUCGCCCUGCUGAUCUUCUACAUCCCCUAUGUCCUGGUUGACGUGCCGAGUAAUUGGAUCGUCAAGCGUGUCAAGGCCGGCAUCUACCUCCCUGCGCUCAUCACGUCAUGGGGCAUCGUGUGCACCUUUCUGGGCUUCACCAAAUCCUACGCCGGCCUGGUCAUCUGCCGGAUCCUCCUCGGCCUGUUCGAAGGUGGCCUCCUGGGCGGCAUACUCGUGUACCUGUCCAUGUGGUACCGACGGCACCGCAUGCUCUUUCGCAUCGGUCUCUUCUACUGUGCCGCUCCUCUGUCUGGUGCGUUUGGAGGACUGUUGGCCACCGGGUUGGCGCAGAUCGAGUACGGCGGGUAUAAUCGGUGGCCAUGGAUUUUCUUCAUCGAAGGCGCCAUCACCACCGUAUUUGGCCUAGUAUGCUUCGCCGUCAUGCCAAACACCCCCGCCGACGCCAAGUUUCUCACCCACGAGGAGCGAGUGGCUGCCAUGAACCGUCUCCAGGAAGACUACCACGGUGCCACGGCCAUCAGGGACGUCAACGAGGAGAAGUUCGACUGGCAUUGGGUUAGGAUGGCACUCACGGCGCCCCAGACGUACUUUUGUUCCAUAAUCUGGUUCAUGGUUCUCAUUCCUCUCUAUAGUUUCUCCCUCUUCCUCCCGAGCAUCAUCCGCGGACUGGGGUACCACUCCACGCGGGCCCAGCUCUUUACUGCGCCGCCCAACGCGGCCUCCUUCCUCACGGUCAUCGGCCUGUCAUUUGUCUCCGACAGGGUUGCCUACCGCGGCCCGUUCAUAGCACUGGGCAAUCUGGUCGGUAUAGGGGGUUACAUUAUGCUUCUGGUGGCGGAUCGGAAUACCGUUCGCUAUGGCGGGACGUUUCUCGUUGCUGUCGGCGUGUUUCCCUGCGCAGCCAUGGUCAUGGGCUGGCUUUCGAAUAACCUGGCACCUCAUUAUACUAGAGCCACCGGUCUGGGGGCCCAGGUUGCCUUGGCCAACCUUGCUGCAUUUCCGGCUACAUUCAUCUACCGGUCUCAAGAUGAACCCGAGUACACCCUAGGACACGCCGUUAGUCUUGGUGCCCUAGUCUUAUGCCUCAUCACCGUGUGUGCCCAGAUGGCUUACUGCCAGUGGGAGAAUGCCAAGAGGAAUCGUGGGGAGAGGGAUCAACGUCUUAUCGAAGGGAAUCCCAGUCGUCUGGGUCACCGCCAUCCGUCUUUUACAUACACUCUUUAG